AAGGGACCCAGUACAUUCGAAGUUGUCCUAAGGUGAUGAGGUUUGAUUUCUAAAUUUCCAUUGAAUUUAGAGAAAGCCAGAUUGUCACACCAAAAGGACAGGAUGACAACGACUGUCAAAUGGCUAAAAUCCUUCACGAUACUUUCAUCUCUAUACCUGCUGCUUCAAUUCAGUACUGGGAGUGCAAAGACAAUUUUUGUACUGGGUGGAAAUGGACUGUUAGGUUCUGCUUCUAUGGAGCGCCUUAUUGAAAGAGGGGACAACUUGAUGGUUGUUAAUCGCGGUAAUUGGUAUUGGGACACAUCCACGCUCAUCCUUCCAUUUGUAACGCCAAUACAAUGCAAUCGUCACAACUCCUUGCGCGAGUGCCUGGAAAUGGAAUUCUUGCUUUCAGGUGAUGAGAAGGAUGUUAUCUUUGACGCUGUUGUUGAUUUCAGUUCGUUUGCAGGAAAAGAUGUGGCAGAUGUGUUGGAUGUUCUCAAGGGUAGAAUCAAACAAUAUAUCUUUAUCAGUUCCGAUUCAACCUACGAGGUUUGUAUAAAAAACCAUAGUAAUCCAACUGUUGAGUCAGAUUCUGUUCGUCCUGUAUCGGAAGCAGAAAGAGUUCUAUACAAUCAAAAAGAUGUUUACGGCGAUAGGAAGUUAGAAGGAGAAGAAGUUCUAGAGGCACAAAAGGAAGGAGGUGUAUCAUAUGUUGCUUUGCGCCUACCAGAUGUAAUCGGACCACGUGACAAUACCUACCGCUGGUGGAUAUACCAGCUUUGGAUUAAAAUGCUUGACUAUCUUGAUCGCCCCUUGGAGAUACCAGAUGAAGUAAGCAAUCGGCCAUUGAGCUUUGUUUAUUCUUAUGAUGUAGCAGAUUUGAUUAUUCAGCUUUUGGAUUCUGAUGCAGGUGUCUUCAAUGAGGCAUACAAUUUGGCAUUUGAGGAAAACCCAACUUUGACAGAAAUGCUACAAUUGAUGGCAACCUAUUUAGACCGUCCGGAUAUUCAGAUUAAUGUAAAGAAAAACUCAGCUAUGACAUACCUGUGGCCGUCUGCACCAUCACAGCAACAGUAUAAUUUUCCAGAGUUGUCUGCCCCUGACGAUAAUUGGUCUUCUGCUCUAUACAUGUUCCCCUCCGUAUCCAUGGGCUCUAUCGAUACGUCCAAAGCAAAGCGCAUUAUUGGAUGGAAUCCAACUCCUUUGACAACAGCUGUUAAGGAAUCUAUUGCAUUUUUCGAGAAGGCAAUGAUAAGUGAUGAGUUUGAGGAGGAACAAGCUGAGAUAAAACGUGCCCUCCUUCUACAUUUCAGUAAAGAUCACGCAAGGACUUUGGCAGGUGUAGAUGUUGUGUACCCAAAAUCAGAGAAUGUUCACCAGGAACUCUGAUUUUUGAAACAUUAUGAAAUUUUUGUUGAUAAAAUUUGCCUUAUGUUAACGCAAAUACUCAGAUUAUUGCAUUUUUUUCCUCGUUGCUUUUCUCUUACCUAAGUUUUCAAAUGUACAAAUUGAUUAUUUUAUCAUUUUGAAUACAAAUCAGCUUAUAUCAUUUUUCUGAUAUGUUGUCAUUUGUAAUUUACAUAGAAAUUCUAUGCACUUUCCCCAUACAUCAGAUGUAGCCACCUCUAGGGUUACUUCCACUGUAUUACAUGAUGCUUCCUUAUCAAAUAUUGAAAGUUUGGCAGGCUUAAAGCAUAGCUUUACAAUCCCAGAAAAUCUUACGAUGAGGAAUCCGUGGUCCAAGAUCAUAUCUAUUUAUAUGCUGCAUUUUGAAAAGCCUAACAAAGUAGGGUCAGUAACUAAAUAUUCCAUGUAGAUUUUGGUGACAUGUUUUGGUGCAUCAGAUAAGUAGAUAGUUUUAGCGUGUUAUAACGCAUUUCCUUAGCUUUAUUUCAUGGGCGAUUGAAUUUACAUUGUGUGAACUUGUAAAUGUGUUUCUUAUGGGUUUUUUUAUUUGGUAUAUUGAUAUAAACUUUAUUUAUUUUACAACAGUUGUGGUUUAUAGCUUAGAUUGAUUGCUCUUGUUGGCCGACCCAGGAGAAAAAACCACUUGGUCGGACAAGUGAUGCUUUACCUUUUCACAUCCGCUUACGAUUUCGUAAUCAGUAUCAAAUAUGGACUAUUCAUUGUUAGUGCUUAUUAUGGACUUUCAUUUCAUCAGUGCUAUUGCAUAAGUAUCAAAUAUAUAUAUUUGUAUGUGUGUAUUUCAUAAAUAUUCUAACUUUUAUUAACCUAUUCUAUGAAUUCCCUGUGUAGAUGUCAUAGCUUUUGUUUGUACAUAUGGAUAUUUGUUUGUAUAUUGAAACAAUGUAAUACAUAUUUCAUUUUGCUGUUUAUUAUAUUUUCCGUCAUAUUGCUACAUAACUUGAAUGUUUUUUCAUUGCAUCUUUUAAUAUAUGUCAGUAGUUUAUAGUAUCCAAGAGAACAAAUACAAAGGUUUUUUUUAAUUGAUUUUGGUGUUUUCUUAAAGUUAAAAUCAAAACCAGGAAAAAGGUGUUAUUUUAUAGUAAUGAAGAGUACAGGUAAAUAAUCUACCUGUAUAUAGAUACUAUAUCAGGAGAGUGCAGGUAAAUAAUAUAUAUGUAUAUUGGUACUAUCUCAGAACAAUACAGGUACAUUUGUAUGUAAAUAAUCUACCUGUAUACAGGUACUAUAGCAGAACAAUACAGGUAAAUAAUCUACCUGUAUAUAAGUACUAUAUCAAAUCAUUACAGGUAUAUAAUCUAUCUGUAUAUAAGUACUAUAUCAGAACAGUACAGGUAAAUAAUCUACCUGUAUAUAAGUACUAUAUCAAAUCAUUACAGGUAAAUAAUCUACAUGUAUAUAAGUACUAUAUCAAAUCAUUACAGGUAAAUAAUCUACCUGUAUAUAAGUACUAUAUCAAAUUAUUACAGGUAAAUAAUCUAUCUGUAUAUAAGUACUAUAUCAAAUCAUUACAGGUAGAUAAUCUAUCUGUUUAUAAAUACUAUAUCAGAAAGUACAGGUAAAUAUUCCACCUGUAGUUUGGUACUAUAUCAGAACAGACUAAAAUGACACCUCUAUUGUCGCCAAGGUUUAUAUAAUUCCUUUGAGAAAAAAGAAACCGGAAGUUCAAGUUCAAGUUCUUUAUUACUUUAAGCCAUCUGGCUCAUCAGUAGACAAUUGAAUAUUUACAAUGUAUAGACGUCACAUAAUACUUUAGCACCACACACACACGCACGCACGCACGCACGCACACACACACAUAUCCUCACACACAGAAAGACACACACGUACACACAACCUCACACACACACACACACACACACACACACACACACACACACGCACGCACGCACACACACACACACACACACACACACAAAUCUAACAUAUAAUGUAGAGAAUGACCUUAAUACAAAUAAAACAUAUUCUAGCUAUAAACAAUUUCCUGUUAUCAAUCUCGUCAUAGCACCAUCUUACAAUGAUUACAGGUUGAAAUAACAAGCAUACGUUAUGCAUAGAACUAUUAAUAUACCAUGUUACGAACAUAGGAAAAAGGAUUUUACCACAGAUUUCAAAUGUUUUUAAAACGAUUCACACUGUGUAACUUCAGUAUAGACAUACAGUGUACAAGUUCUAAGAAAAAUAGCCUUUACUUAUUGCAGACCUUCUAGUCUUCUCUUGUUUGCAAGUUUUAAAAAUUUUGCCAGAUUUGAGAUAUCCUUUCUACUUUUAGUAGACCAGAGCCCUAUCAAUUUGAACAUACUGACAUUUCUAUAGUAAUAAGGUUUAAUAAAUUUCUUGCGAAGUGAAUGAAAGAAAGGACAUUUUGAAAUAAAAUGAAAUUCAUCUUCGAUGUCUUGCAUUGUACAAAGUAAGUACAGUCUACGGUUUCGUUCUAUAUAUCUCCCAGUUUCUACAAGUAACUCGUGUGAAGACAGUCUAAUUCUACUUAAUUCUUUUAGGCUAAGACUA